CUUUCUGAUAUCGAACCAUAUCUACUAAACAAGUAUACAUUGUUCUAUAUUUUGCAGAAUACUAUCUCAGUUAUUGUUUGACGUUUGGUGUUUCAGAAAAUCAAUCUUAAAGUACAAAAAAGAAAGAGUGAAAGUGACAUAAAUUGAAAAUUGUUGUAGACAUCGCAUGUUCGCGAACUUGGAAUGACAAAGACAUCGUGAUACGGACUGUACAUCAAGAGACAUAAAAUUUUAUGAAUUUGAAGUUGUAUGGUUACAACAUUUGUGUAGAAUUCUAAAAAACAAUAACUCAUUGAUUGAAAAAAUAAUUUUUUAUUUUUUUUUUUAAUUUAAAGUUAAACAUAUUUUUAUUUUAAUAAAGGUUACUUUUUUUUAAGUAAUAAAAUAUUACUUCAUUACAAAAAUAACGUAUAUAGAAAAACUAUGGAUGAAACUAGAAAUUACAUAAAUUUAGUGCUAACAGUUAAAAAAUAUCCAGCGUUAUAUGAUCUCAGUUGCAAUGAUUACCAUAACAAAGUUGUUCGAAAUAAAAUGUGGAGAGCAGUGGCGCAGGAAGUAAACGCUUCUGCCGCAGAAUGUAAAGAAAAAUGGAAAAAUCUUCGUGCCAGUUUCAGCAGACAUUUAAGAAAUCAAAGUACGGCAAAUUCAAAAUCGAAAAAACCGUAUUACAUGGCAGAUUACAUGGAUUUUUUACUUCCUUAUAGCAAACUUCGUAGGGCGGAUGAAAGUUUGAACGAAGAAGGACCAAUUGCACAAGAGAAUUGGAAUGAAGAGGAGACCACUUCCGAUACGUCCUCUAAUUAUCAGAAAUUAAAUAAAUCCGAUCAAAAGAUACCGGAAUCAGAAAGAGAUGGAGAUACGAGAAACGAAGAGUAUAUGUUUUCGAGAAGUAAAGCAAUCAGACAUGCAGAAGAUAGACUAUUGUCACAUAGAUGCUCAGAUAAUUGUAUUCUCACCAAUAGGCGAGAUCUUGACGAAUCAAUCAACGAUGCAGACUUGUUGUUCUUUAAAAGUUUACUUCCAGAUAUGCAGCAGAUGACAAGCCAAGAAAAAAGAAGCUUUAAAAUAUCUGUAUUGGGUUUGAUCGAUAAAAUAUUAAACGAAAAAGAAUCGGCAAUGUCAGUCGAAAAUGAUAUUUCUUGUUCAAUAGUAAAAAAUCAACAAGAUGAAAGAACAGAUGAAUUUUAAAAUUUUUAUAAACAAAAAGUUUAUAAUAAUACAAAUAAAUUUAGAAUAUUGUAAUAAUAUAGAUUGAUUAAAGCAUGUUUAACAAAAUAAAAUAUAUUAAAAUUUGA